AUGAAUAAUUUUCAUGCUAAUGUUUACAAUAAUGAAAUUUCAUCUGGUGAUGAAAGCUCUGGAGAUGACUCAAGAAACAUAAAACAAUUAAAAGCUCAAUCUUUUCAACAAAUAAUUUCCAAAGUUAAGGGAAUCAUUUAUAACUUGCUCCGGAAUUAUUGGAGUGAUUCGGAAAAGAUUGGACUAAUGACUACUUUAUUAGACCCAAAAUUGAAAUUAAUGGAAGUAUGGUCAAAUGAAACAAGAGAACAAGCAAUCAAAAAAACUAUGUACCGAAUUCAAUACUUGGCAAAUCAAAGUUGCAAAUGA